UCAGGUUACAGUUGUCGUUGGCGUUUCGUCGGUUUCAGAGCGUUUCGAAAACGCAAUUCCGCUCCAAGUCGCAGUUAAAAGUGAAAUAUCUGAAACUAUCUAGCGCGCGUGAAAAAAUUUAUUCAUUUAUCUCUGUGCAUUUAGUGUGAGACAUAACUAAAAAAUCUAACCCAAAACAUUUGGCUGCACUUGUGUUCUGCACCGUUCAACGAAUAUUUGAAAAAUAAAUCUCACGCGUCGAAAUGUCGCCGGCUGAUGAUAAUUCCUUUGCCACCACCAACGGCAACAAAAAGGCCACAUACACGCUGAUAUGCAUCAAAAUUGUGGAGCUGUGCCUUUUAAUAUGCUGCCUGGGUCUGAUUGACGAGCCUGCUACCAAUUCCCAUCUGCGGGUGUUCAUUACUCCCCGAGUUAUGGCCCUUUGCUAUGUGACUUUUGGAGCCCUGACUAUUUACACAGCGAUCUAUCUGCUGAUGGCACUGUUCGGUGAUCUGACACCCUGGAGAACGGCUACUUUGUGGUCCCUGGUGGGCUUCGUUCUUUUCGUGGCCGUCACUGCUCUGCUUUUCCGCGAUUGGUCCACCACCAAGGAUCGCAACUAUUGGCACCCGAAUAUGCAUCGUCUGGAUCUCGUGAUGGCCUCCGCCUCGAUUUCCUUGGUCACCUCGCUGGUCUUCCUGCUGGACAUACUCAUCACCCUCCGUUUCGGCGUGCACGGCGAUCUGGAAUGACAUGGUCGACGAGGAUUUGCUUGGCGGGAAAGGGGCCUCCACUCGAUUCUCGCCUAGCGACGUGGACUGUAAUAUUUAGAGCUCCAACUUAGACGUAAGAGCCCUGUUCACAUCCCCGUCUCCCAGCUAAUUGUAAUCCCACGAAGAAACAUCUGAAUUGCCAUCAUCGAAUUGAAAAUGUACAAAAUCGACGUCCGAGGAGGUUUAAAGUUCUAUACGCAUCGGCUGCCCUGUUUUGUUUUUAUACCCUUGCAGAGCAAAAGGGUAUUAUAAUUUCAGUCAGAAGUUUGCAACGCAGUGAAGGAGACACCUCAGACCCCAUAA